CCCCACCUAUUCCUGGGCACUGGGUGGACACCCGUUACCUGUAACCCCACGUUACACACUGUCUGCAGCUAAUAGCACUCUGACAAUCAGCCCCGUACACAGGAACGACAGUGGAGGGUUUAUCUGCACGGCCAGUAACCCGGUGAACAGUGACAGCAGCAAACCAGUGAAGCUGGUGAUAACUUAUGGCCCUGAUCCACCCACAGUAUAUAUGAGUGGGCAAGUGAUAUGUGACAGUUUGGUCCCAGGACAGUACUGUGGGAAGGAGGGAGAUUUAGUGACGCUCAACUGUCAGACGAAAUGUUUCCCAGAGUGUAACUACAGGUGGACACAUAACACCACAGUCAUUGCCGGCAACACCUCACAGCUGCCUAUAGAGAGCCUCACGUUCAACAACAGCGGGGAUUACACUUGCAAUGUGAAGAAUGAUUACACCACGAUUAGCCACACGGAGAAGGUUUCAAUCCUCGUGUACAGGGCUCCCACACAGCAGAUCACAUGCGGAGCAGCAGAUAAAGGAACAGCAUUGGUGUUGAUGUGCUCCUGGGCUGGUGGGGUGCCAGACACUGUCCUUCAGCUGAAGGUCGGACAGACGAUUGUCAAUGCGACAAACGAGGGGAAUGUCACCAUCACAAAGGAUCAGCUCAGCUCCCGAGAGAUCUUCACAUGUGUUGGACGCCAUGUUGUCUCUGACAGUCAAUGCUCUAUAGUUAUUGAUAAACCCCAGAGAGCGUCAGGGUCUGAGCCUCAGGUGGAAGUGGGGAAGGAGGCAGAUGUGACCUUAGACGUGUCACUGACAGACACAGUGCGGGUGUCAGACCCUGGCCUGCUGCCCGCACACUUUACAUGGUCGAAGGAAGACAACUCCAUCACUGGCUCUGACGGCAAGUUCAACAUCACCUCAGGACCAACCUUCUCUAAACUGCUCAUCAGUAAAUUCCAGGCAACCGAUCAGGGCACAUAUCAAUGCCAUGUCACUAACGCAAUGGGAGAGAACUUCUUCCAAUUUGACGUGACUUUGAAAGGCGGAGUGAAUGUGGCCCUGAUAGUGGGGACAAUAGUGGGGGCUGUGGCUGUGGUGGUCAUUGCAACACUCGCUGUGGUGUACGUUUACAGGAAACGUAAGGAAGCCAAAACACAGCAAGAGACAGAGGGUGAACCAUACUACGAGACCAUUGAUGUCAGAGCUUCCUCUGCCAAUGUCUCCCAGAAGGAUUCAGGCCCUUACAUGGACCUUGGAAAGCACCAAAAAGAUAUUUAUCACAAUUUACGUCGUAAUGGCACCAGGAAGUAGAUAGCUGUGACAACGUAGAUCGAUUUCAAGAUCCUUUCAAUCAUCUACAAAUCUCUUCAG